UCGCAGAUUCACAGUAACCCGAGCUAGAGGCCCAGAGCCUAGCGGUAGCUCGAGAAAGAGCAAACAGCCAGCAAACAUGCAGGCCGGGAAGAGCGCGAUGGAGGCGACCAAGGAGGCCGCGACGAACCUGGGCGCGUCGGCGAACGCCGGCAUGCAGAAGACCCGCGCCACCGUGCAAGGCCAGGUGGAGAAGGCCACGGCGCACAACGCGUCGGACAAGGCCGCGGCGGAGGCGACCCAGCGGGAGCGUGUGCGCGACGCGGCGGAGGAGAAGCAGGCCGCCAUGCGCGCGAACGCGGCCGCCAAGGAGCGUGCCGCCGGCGCGCACCCGUCGCAGGGCGCGCCGGGCAUCGUGGACGACGCCCGCCAGCAGGGCCACGGGGCUGCCCCCGCGGGUGGGCACGUCGAGGCCGGCGUCGGCGAGACCAGGCCCAUCGCGAGAGGCACCGGUACGACGCGGCCCAGCGCGGCGCACAACCCGCACGUCGGGAGCGACUUCUCCCAGCCGCGCGGCACCGGCGGGCAGUACCAGUGAGCUCAGGCUCAGGCGCUUAAGGCUCUGUUUGUUUCCGUUUUUCUGGACCUCGCUUUUCUGAGAAUCAGGAUUCUGAGAUAAGCCAGCUGUCUAGAGAAUCGACUGUCUGGAUAAGUUGGGUGUUUGGCAAUCCUGAUUAUUUUGAGUCGAUUCUCUGAGUUGAGUGGUAAAAUGUCUGAAAUGCCCUCGAGGCUGAUGAUAUCUCAUUUUUUUGCUGAAGACGAGUAGAAUUCAAUAAUU